CUUCAAGUGUAUUCCGUGAAGUUGUUGGCGAAGUAAAAUUUUUACAUAUAUAUUCAACGAGUUUUUUUUUGUUGUUGUUCUACAACUUCCCUUCAUUCAUUGCUUUUAAUUGACAAAAAUAUCUUCAAGCGAUAAAAGAGAGUAAACAUCAUGGUUCGACAUGAAAUGAAGGAAGGGAACAUCAAGAUUGCAUGGGGCUAUGACGAUGGACUUUUAGGAUAUUUUUUAUCUGUCUAUGACGAGCGCCUGAAAUGGAAGGGCAACUCGAGCGAAGAAGUCAAUAGUAUUUGUGAAAAGGUCUGCUCGACUGGAGAUGGUGCAUACUUUGAUCUAAACACCUACCCCUUUGGUGGAUUUGGGUACAAGGUCUCAGAGAAAACAAUGUUUGCCUUUAUGAGGCGAUAUGGAAUUGACCCCACCAAAGUGAAUCAUCCUACAGGUGGUAUCGAGGUAAAUAAGGGUCAAGAUAAAAAAGCUACUUCAGCACCUACGGCAGCCAUUCCUCAUGGAGUCCAGAGGAUGAAUGAAGAAGCAACGACGCCAGAGAUGAGGAUCGACCCCAACUAUAUCAAACACCGAGAGACAAAGCUUCGAGAUGUGUUGGAGAAUACUACGCCAGGACAGACGCGAACCAUUUGUGUCAAGAGAUUUGACAGAACCAUCAGAAACCUUGCUCAAGAAUACGACGUUAGCCUUAUGCGUGGACCCAUGAGCAAUGUGUUGCCUACAGUGAGCCUUGAUGAUUUUCAGAAAGGGAAAGGGGCUGGAAUCACGUUCUACUUAUCAGAGGAAGGAUGUGAAGUUGGCUUCAAGGAGUGUGCUCAUCCAGAUUGUUGUAUCCCUGAACGAGGUGAACGACAUAAGAGAUGUAAUCAAUGCAAGAAAGCAAUUUAUUGUUCCCGGACGUGCCAAGUCGCUGACUGGAAGCAUCACAAGAAGACCUGUAUACCAAGUGAACAGGCAGAGAAAUAAGUAGGGGAUGAAAAAAAAUAUUAACGCAAUUAACUCAAAAAGUAAUGGAUUCUCCAACCUUAGUAAAUCAUAG